AUGCCACCAAAGGCGGCGGCAAAGGGAGGAAAAGGCGGUAAAGGAGAUACCAAAGGGGGUUCAAAGGUCCCCAAGAAGAAGGAGGGAGGAGGAGGAGGAAAGGCCAAGAAGAAGAAGUGGUCGAAGGGAAAAGUUCGUGAUAAGCUGAACAAUAUGGUACUCUUCGAUCAAGCAACCUACGAUAAACUGUACAAAGAAGUGAUAACCUACAAGCUGAUUACGCCUUCGGUAGUAUCGGAGCGAUUGAAAGUCAGAGCGUCGUUGGCAAAGCAAGGACUUCGAGAACUGUUGGCUAAAGGUCUGAUCAAAUGCGUUGUACAUCACGGUGGCCAACUGGUUUAUACAAGGAGUACGAAAGCAGAUGAAUCAGCAAUUGUUGAAUAA